AUGAUCCAAUCUGAAAUAAGUAACGCCGACUGUGCCCUAGAGAAAUAUGUCAAGACUGCCGACGAUCUCAGUUCUGACAUACCCAGACUAGACGAAAUCCUUCAGAAAGUGCAAUCCAAUUCAGUAGCGGCACAGGAACUUCUUCAAACAGCGCGCACAGCCAUCACCACUCUCAACGUCCUCUACGUGGAACUACAAGAAGCGGAAGAGUGCACAUCAGGCCUUCAAAAGAUGAAGAUGGCCAAAAUCAAACUUGCGCCCAUCCCAAUCCCGAAGUUCAGUGGAAAAAUAUGGGAAUGGGAAACAUUCUGGGGAGCUUUCGAACAUUCCGUACAUUCCCAAGAUAUCGAUGACAUCUACAAAAUGAAUUAUCUUCUCAACGCACUCCAAGGAGAAGCCAAAGAGAGUACCAAACAAUUUGAAAUUUGA